ACGAUUUUCUACUGCCUUGUCAGCAGUAGAGUGCUAUAUUCUUUGCUUGUCAGCUGUAACCGUACACGUAUCAAGAGCGUACUUGAGCUAUUUACUUUCUCCGGUUUUGUAGAUAUACAGAUUUUGAGAUUAUCGAUAGUUUUUAUAAAUUAAUAUUAAAAAUGUCAGGAAAAGGAAACAAAGCCUUUACCAAGGAAGAAGAGUUACUGUUGCAAGAUUUUAGUAGAAAUGUGUCUACAAAAUCAUCAGCCCUAUUUUAUGGAAAUGCCUUCAUCGUAUCUGCUAUUCCCAUAUGGUUAUUUUGGAGAGUCCAUGCUCUAGAAGUAAGCACUUCGUUGGCAUGGUUCGCAUUAGUGACAACAGCUAGCACAUGGUUAUUGGCCCUGGCUUACCGUAACACCAAGUUCCAGUUGAAGCAUCGUGUCGCUGUCAAACGAGAGGACGCAGUUUCUCGUGAGAUGGCUAGAAAGUUAGCAGAAGAAAAGAAAAUGAGUAGAAAGGAAAAGGAUGAAAGAAUUUUGUGGAAAAAGAAUGAGGUAGCUGACUAUGAAGCCACUACUUUCUCAAUUUUCUACAACAAUGCCCUGUUUUUAACCAUCGUAAUUCUGAGCAGCUUUUACUUGCUGCGUUCUUUCACUCCUACUGUUAACUACAUAGUAUCUCUUACAGCUGCUUCCGGCCUCCUUGCUCUGCUGUCUACAGGUAGCAAGUGAAGUAAAGACUGGUUGGUGUGUGCUUGUAAGAAUGUUGAACAUAUUGAUUUUCUACUGUAGUGUGUAAGCAACUCUGUUUAUAAGUUAUUAGACAAUGUGCUGAAGCUUCUUUGUUUUUUUUUUUUUACAGUAAAUGUAAUAUUUAGAGUAAAUUAUAAAUAAUAAAAUAGUUCUAAACA